AUGGCUGACUUAUCACCACAAUCCAUAAAGAAAUACUUCAUCACUCGUUUCACCACUCUUAUCCCCUCGAGGGAAGAACUUCAUCGUGAAAGGGAAGCUCUUAAUCCAUUCCCAGCACUACGUUCAAUGUCAUGGAGACAAUGGCAAUUCUUCCUUGUUGGGUUCUUAGCAUGGACUUGGGACGCGUUUGAUUUCUUUGCUGUUAGUUUGAAUGUUAAUGCCAUUGCCAAAGAUUUGAAUAAAUCAGUUAAAGAUGUGACAUGGGGGAUUACAUUAGUUUUAAUGUUGAGAUCUGUUGGAGCUGUUAUAUUUGGUAUAUUGGGUGAUAGAUAUGGUAGAAAAUAUCCUUAUUGUAUUAAUCUUUUAUGUUUAUCAAUUUUCCAAAUUGGUUGUGGGUUUGUUAAGACUUAUGAACAAUUCUUGGGUGUUCGUGCUUGUUUUGGACUUUUCAUGGGUGCAGUUUUCGGUAUUGCAUCAGCAACUUCCUUAGAAGGUGCACCAGUUAGAGCAAGAUCAGUUUUAUCAGGAAUUUUCCAACAAGGUUAUGCAUUAGGUUAUUUAUUAGUUGUUGUUUUCAAUAGAGCAAUCACAGAUACUACUAAAAAAGAAUGGAGAUCAUUAUUUUGGUUUAGUUCAGGACCUCCAAUCUUGUUUGUUAUUUGGAGAUUAUGCUUACCAGAAACUGAUGAAUUUUUACAACAAAAAAUCCAUCUUAGAGAGAAUAAAAAAUCCCAAUUUUACAAAGAUGCUGGUCAUGCUUUAAAACAAAAUUGGUUAAAAUUCAUUUAUUUAGUUAUUUUAAUGUCUGCUUUUAAUUUUUCAUCUCAUGGUUCUCAAGAUUUAUAUCCAACUUUAUUAACUAAUCAAUUGGGUUAUGGUAAAGAUCGUUCCACUGUGACAAAUUCAGUUGCAAAUCUAGGUGCAAUUGCAGGUGGUGUUAUUAUGGGUCAUUUUUCAGGUUUUAUUGGUCGUCGUUUUAUUGUUGUUAUUGGUUGUAUUUGUGGUGGGGCAAUGAUUUAUCCAUGGGCAUUUGUUAAAGGUUCAGGUAUUAAUGCUGGUGCAUUUUGGUUACAAUUUUUCGUUCAAGGUAAUUGGGCAAUUGUUCCAAUUCAUCUUUCUGAAUUAUCACCACCAGAAUUUAAAGCUUUUGUCACUGGUGUUUCUUAUCAAUUGGGUAAUUUAGCUUCAAGUGCUUCAUCCACAAUUGAAAGUACAAUUGGUGAACGUUUCCCAUUAUAUGAUGAGUUUG